UUGAAUCGCGGUAUUUACAAAUUUGUGUUGACAACUUCUCCGAUCACUGACUGCAAAUGCCUUACUGUAAUCAUCUGUUUAGAGGAUAAAUCAUGGAACUAAAUCGUUAUUUGAGUUUGCAUCAUUCAGUCAGCGGAUCACUGCAGCUGAGGAAAUGAAAUGUCGGACAUGGAAGUUGAAGAAACCUGAGGGGCUCUACAAGAUGGGGAGGGUCGCAUCCUGGUUCAGGCGACUGUCACAUCUAUCAGUGAUGACCACGUACUCUACCCCUGCUGUGUCCAGUGCUACAGUAAGAUGCUGCAGGACAUUCACUACAAGAGCAACCGAUGGCGCUGUUUGAAAUGUGGUGAAUCUUGCUGUUUUGAUGACCUGGAAUGGCGUUACCGCAUCCGUAUGACAAUAGCUGACACAAACGAGUACAGGCAGGUGGCAGUCUUUGGUCGGACACUGCAGCCAUUCUUUGGCACAAGCGCCAACACAUUUCACAAGUUCUUGUCUUACCUCCAGAGCACCAAAUGCGAGGUAGCUGAUGCAACUCUGAAACAAGCCGUCUACCAAGUGUUUGUAGGGCAGCCCUUCCUGUUCGGGUUUGCAUCAGCCAAUCAACCCAAGUCGGAUAUAUCAGUCUCCAGUUUGUCCCAUGUUGCUGGUGGAAAGGGAAGUAACUCUGACCUUAUUGCUGUCCAGAUGCUAUCGACCAGUCUGAGCCAGAUGGGUACUGUUUCUCAACAGAUGAGUCAACUUCUGAACAGACGCACUGAAGACUCAUUCUGUCCGCCUCCAUCAGAGAUGACAAAAUAUAUUAAUGGAAGUCCAGUGUCUGUCGUCAGAAAAAGGCGAUCUCAUGAAACCAGGCAAAGUCUGUUGAAUUCGGUCUUGGACGUUUCAGAUAACAGUAACAUUAACAGCCUCCUCUCAGUUCUGCUCAGCUGCGAAAACUCCUUGUCUAACAAUGUUUCAGUGUCAUCAGCUUUGUUGAACAGUGUUGACAUGACAGAGGAUAGAGCUAUGCUGAAAGAGGGAAAUACGAUUGGACAUGUUAAGAUAUCCUGUGGAGAUGAUGUCAUUACUGAUCCUACAACUAGCAUCACAUUAGUCCAGCCAGGGAAAGACUAUGAUGCAGAUAAUACAAUGGAUCUGCAACCUAGAGUCUCACAGAUAACAUCUCAGGAUGACAUUAAUUCUGAUUCUGCUAUGGACAAUACUUUCGGUAAAUAUUACAAAGAUCCUGAUGAGACAGUGGAUGAGCAACCUGGAGUUUCAGCAAAAAUAUCGUGUAAGGAAGACAUUGAUUCUGCUAUGGACAAUACUUUGGGUGAAUAUUACACAGAUCCUGGUGAGACAGUGAAUGAGCAAUAUAGAGUCUCAGCGAAAAUAUUGCAUAAGGAUGACAUUGAUUCUGAUUCUGCUUUGGACAGUACACUGGGUAAAUAUUACAUAGGUCCUGAUGAGACAAUGAAUGACAGCAGUCUCCUGCUUGCUCUCAAUGAACCAUCUUCAUGCAAUUCCCCUAAACAGGUUCCUGUUGAUGUCAAAUCUGUGACUACAGAAACAAAACAGUCUAGGGUGGGUAGUGUUGGUGGAACAGUGUUUAACUAUAGACAGGAUGGCUCAGCAGUGGGUGAAGAUUGCCAAGCACCUGCUGAUGAGUGGGAAGAAAUGCCAUACUCUGAAGACCUGGACGAGUUUCUUCAGAAGGCAGGGACAGAGGAACAUGGACACGGUGUGUUACAGAAUCCUGUCGGUCAUCACAAUAGUCUGCUUGGACAUUCAGACCAUACUUUAAAUGCUAAAGUGAGUUUCAGACAUCAUGAGAUGCUGGAACCUGCUGUAUAUGGUGUCAGGACGUUUGAUGAAAUUGUUUGUGAUAGUGAAGAAAUUCCUUGUUUUGAGGAUCCCAGAUCUCAAGUCAAGCACAUGCUGGAGAGGGAAAGAGAUGGAUGUGACCAAAACUGUGGAAGCGUGAUGCAGAGAGACACAGUGAAGGUUACUCAUCAGUGUGGAAUUGAUCGAAUUAAUGAAAGAAGUAAACAUGUGAUUUCUACCAUUGAUAAAGAUAUGUCGGUAUAUAAAGAUGGGUUUCUUGGAUCUAAAGGCAUGGUUCAGAAAACUCAUUUGGCAGCUGGGGAGUAUAUGCAGUCUUGUAAUGAUGUAUCGGUGCCUGUUAAUGAAAGAAUGGUAACAGAUGGCACUAUGGACAGAGUCUGCUGGGAAGAUAUGCCAGAGUCAGAGGACCUGGAACAGUUUCUGUUGGAGGCAGGAAGGUCAUAUGUCCCUGUCUCAGACCAACACACAACGACAAACACCAUACCAGACAAUCUUCAUAGGUCACAUACUAUAGCAGACGCGUAUUGUAGGUCAAAUACAAUAGCAGAAAGUCACUGUAGAUCACAGACAAGAGCAGAUGGUCAUUGUCAGUUACAGACCAUAGGGGUUUCAAGUCGAUAUGCAGAUCCCACAGAGCCAAGUGUCACCUUGGAAACAUUCCCAGAAGACUCCUUUUCUGAUAAUGACUCUGUUUUCUGCAGGAGUAUAGUAUUACCUGUGAAUGAGAGAACAGUUAACAAUGGUGAUGUGAGUAGCAAGGGUAUAACCUCAUUCAGAACCAGCCAUCAUAGUUCAGAUAGGUAUGUGUUAGGACCUUCCACUUCAGGGACUUUGCAACAUCAAGGACACAAUUCCAAACACACAGGAGGGAUAAGCAUGCCUCUUUCUUGCAAUUUGAGAUCUCAACAUUCAAAUAGUAAAAGUAUGAAUGAACAGUCAAGCAUUGUGACAAUGGUAAAGGAAAAGACAUCACGUUUAGGGACAUGUUCAAAUUUGUCCAAAGAUCAUCAUCCAGAAAAUGAUUCCUCUUUGAAUGGAUCCACAGAACUGUUUGACAGCAGUGGUGCGGAUCUGUUUGAAUGUUUGAGUAAUGAAGAGGAAAAGUGUUUGAUGGAAGAAGAUCCAGAAGCUGAUUUACUGGAUAAGUCUGCAGUGUGUGAUUCAGUGGUGGAGAUGCAGGAUGGCCUUGGUCAGAACACUUCGUCUGAAGGUAUGGUUUCAGCUGUGAAGGAUGUGUCUGCUGUGUGGGAGUCAAUGAUGGAGAUGAAGCAAGGUGCUCUUCUUCAGGACAACUCAUGUCUAGCUUCACCAGGAUUCCAGAAACAGGUUAAAUUUGCUAAACGUUUAAGCCACAUCAGUUCCAUUCAGCUGAUUGAUAUUCGUAUGAAACUGAACUUUGGGCUUCCAAUGGACAGCCAGUUGACUCCAGUGAGAUCCUGUUUGAGGAGUGUCCAAACACCAGAGGUAACCAAAUAUGAAAGUAAGGGCUUGGAAGAGAAAAACUUCUCAGAAAAAGAAAAAAGGUCACCUCUCAAGAUCAUCUCGUCUAUGAAGUCUUGCCAGAAACAUCAAACACUGUCACAUGGUGUAACAUUAGCGUCUGCACAAAAUGAUGCAAAUACUGAUUUAGGGCCUGUACACAGGGAAAGUGAUAAUGACAACAUGGAUGAUUAUGGGUUUCAGCAGUCACAAGAUCUGUUUGCUAACAGUCAGCCAACAGAUCAUGUUAGCUGGGGUAGCUGCUUCUCCGAGUCUGACACAUCUCCUGCAGCAGGUGGUGGAUGUGAACCUUCAGAUGAAGGAGGAUGCUUUGACUUUCACCCACCACGAACAAGGAUGCUUUGA